AUGGACCCUGUCUCAGAUUCCUCCCCGAAAACGAGCCGUAAGCGAAAGCUUGACCCGGAAAUCGAGGUCGACCUCACGGCUCCCGAGCCUCCUUCGAAAAAAGCUCUCCGAAAAGCCAAGAAGAAGCCAGGUGCAGUGAGCACGGAGGACUCGAAGCGAACAACUCCAGAGCCAAAGGCCAAAGAAUCUGGCAGCGAGCAAUCGAAGAAGCGGACCACGUUUGAAAUCUGGAUCGGAAAUUUGCCCUUCACCGCGACGCAGGACGAUCUACGCAAGUUUUUUACUACGCAGGGAACGUUUACGCCGGACGAAAUCACGCGUUUACACCUUCCAAGUAGUGGCGAGAAAAAUAAUGGGAGACAAGUAUUAAAUAAAGGGUUUGCCUAUGUUGGCUUCUCGACCAGCGAGGCGGUACAACGGGCAGUCGCACUGAGCGAGAAACUCCUCUCAGGACGAGCAGUCCUCAUUAAAGAUGCAAACGAUUAUUCGGGACGCCCCGAGAAGUCUGACGCUGUUGAAAAACCUUCGAAUAAAACCCCCUCGAGGAAGAUAUUCGUUGGGAAUCUCGCGUUCGAUAUUACAAAGGAAAUGCUAGAGGAGCAUUAUCAGCCCUGUGGGAGCAUUAGCCACGUCCAUAUAGCCACUUUCCAAGACUCUGGCAAAUGCAAAGGGUAUGGCUGGGUGGAAUUCGAGGAGUUGGACUCUGCAGUGGCCGCAAUCCGGGGAUUUGUCAAGGUGCCAGAAGACGAGGAGGCUGACGCAUCGGCAUCGGAUGGGCAGCCAAAGAAGCGAAAGGAGAAGAAGGUAUGGGUCAAUCGCUUGCUGGGGCGCACUUUGCGCAUGGAAUUUGCGGAGGACAGCACCACUCGCUACAACAAGCGCUUUGGGAAAGAAGGGUCGAAGCGGGAGGAUGGAUCUAAAGACAAGCGCCAGAACGACGAAGCUGCUCCUAUCGAGGAGGUUUCUACCGAACGAAGUUCGUCUCGAAAGACGGAGGCGCGUACCAGGCCAAAGACAAAGGCCAAGGGCAGCUCCACCGGUCGCUAUUCUGAAGAGACGGUUCAGCGGCUGAGCGGGACAAUAGUCGAAUCGCAAGGGAAGAAAACCACAUUUGAUUAG